ACCCCAUUUCUCCCUUCCUCUCUUCUUUCUAUCUCCUACUCAUCCAUCCCUCUCAUUCUCUCUCUUAUUUUCUUGGGUGAGAGAGUGAGAGAGUCUAAAUUCAUAUAUUCAUUCAUCCAUCCAUCUUACGUCCCAUCAUCAAACGCUCCUCUCACUCUCUCUCUCCUAAAACCCUCUUCCCUUUCUCACUCAUCCAAACAAAACCGAAAAAAAAAAAACCAACAAAUUCCCGUGAAAAGAGAUUCACAGUAUACUCACACCUCCACUCUCUGAACCUGAUCACCCCAAAUAUUCAACCCUCACAUGGAGGAGGGUAGAGAGACAAGGACAGAAACAACCCAAAAUUCAAAGCCUCAGCUUAGAAACUAGAGAGAGAGAGGAAGAAGUAAAAACCAAAAAAACCUGUCUAUAUAUAAAAUACCCAGUUGUAAAAUACUCAGCAGAAGAGCCAAAACAAUUAGACAAAGAGAGAGUACUUUUAUUACACAUGGAUUCUGCUUCAGGUGGAGCCGGACCGCCCGACCCGAACGCCAGCAGCAGCGAGGGUCCGUCGUCUUCGUCAAGGUCCGCAGCCCCGGCGGCUACUCCUGUAGCGGCCGAGCCCUUGUCAGCAUCUCCCGCUCCGCCGAGCCGCUACGAGUCGCAGAAGCGGCGGGACUGGAACACCUUCCUGCAGUACCUCAAGAACCACAAGCCUCCGCUCACGUUGGCCCGCUGCAGUGGGGCCCACGUCAUCGAAUUCCUUAAGUACCUCGACCAGUUUGGGAAGACUAAAGUCCACGCCGCCGGCUGCCCCUACUUCGGACACCAGAACCCUCCCGCCCCGUGCGCCUGCCCUCUCAAGCAGGCGUGGGGCAGCCUCGACGCGCUCAUCGGACGGCUGAGGGCGGCGUACGAGGAGAACGGGGGACGGCCAGAGUCAAACCCCUUUGGCGCUCGAGCGGUGAGGAUUUAUUUGAGGGAGGUGAGGGAGGGACAGGCUAAGGCAAGAGGAAUUCCCUACGAGAAAAAGAAACGAAAACGGCCGACGGUCACUGCCACUGCGCUUGUCGGGAAUAUGUCGGUAGCGUCCACUCAAGGUGGCGGUGUUGAUGGUGAUAGCGGUGGCGGUGUUGAUGGUGGCGGUUCAAGUAAAACCGUUGCUGCUGCUGCUGCUACUAGUACUGCAGUAUAGGUUUCUCUCAUCACUAAUUUCCACCUCUUUUUUUCUCAAUUUUUAAUUUUUAAUCCUUCUAUAUAUUUAUAUCAUUAUGAGCUAUGUAUAUCAGGCGAUUCUCUUAUAAUUGAAUCGACCAACCCCAUGAACAAAAAAAUUAGGAAUUUCUAUCCCUUGCUAGUUAAUUUCCAAGCAUUUAUUGAUCUUCGUCGUCAUCAGCAGAAAGUGUUAUCCCACAUGAGAAAGUAAAAGUCCGCAUACUCAUAGUCGUCCUCAUUUUAA